AUGGAAGGCGGAGGAGCGUACGGUGCUGGAAAAGCGGGUUCUGCUUUCGACCCAAUUGCGUUUAUAAAAAGACCCCAAGUUAUCCUCAGGAUAGUAAGUUGGAUUUUUGCCAUCAUAGUAUUUGGAUGUAUAUCUGCUGAAGGCUAUUACAAUAAUCAAUGUAUGUACAAUGGAGAUGAAAAUGCCUGUAAUUUUGGCAUUGCGAUAGGGGUGUUGGCAUUUCUUGCCUGUAUGGUGUUCUUGGUGACAGACGCAGUAAUGGACCAAAUAAGCAGUGUGGAAUAUAGAAAAUAUAUUGUCAUGGCUGAUUUAGGUUUCUCAGGUUUUUGGACGUUUAUGUGGUUUGUGUGUUUUUGUUAUCUAACAAAUAAGUGGACGACUUUUGAUAACCCGCCCCCAGACUUUCCCGAUAGUGGAGUUGAAGCAGCUAUAGCCUUCUCCUUUUUCUCCAUUUUAACUUGGGCUGGAUUGACUGCAUUGGCCGUGAUGCGAUUCAGACAAGGAUCUGCACAAGCAUUUUCUCAAGGAUAUGAACCAGAUAUGGCCGGUCCAGACAGCAGUCCAUACACAUCGUACCCAACGGGUGGGGAUGCAUCCCAAGAAUCCUAUCAGGAGCCACCAUUCAGUGGAGGAUCUGCAACUGGAGAAAGCGAGUAUAAACCGCCGACAUACUAAGUUUAGACAAAUAGGUAUAUGGUAUAUGGAGAAUCAGUAAUUGUAAUUACGAUAAAGAGAGAAAAAAUGAAUAGCAAAUGAAUGAAAAUUACAAUUCUGACAACAACAAAAUCUGACUACCAUCACAAGAAUAUAAACCUUUGCAGAUUGUCAGUGUGAAAGUGAA